ACCUUUUUUCGCCUCAUGCAGGUACCCAGUAGAUAUCGACAAGCUGUUAUCAAAAUGCAUAUUAUGGACCGAACUGUAUACAGGUCGAUUUAAUAAGGAUACUAGAGUUUGCAGGUAAAUGGGAAAUCAUGUUCCAGCCAAAUCCAGAAGAUCGCCUUCACCUGCGACUACACCGCGCUCGCUCGGUAAUCCUCACAUCACAAGAGUUGGUGGAGAUCCGAGCUGCCCAGCGGACUUUCGAAGGGGCAUAUAUGCGAACAGCCCUGUCUCAAUUCAGCUUUGCUCUCAUCAUACUCAAGAUCUUCACCUCUGAGUUCUACGCCAUAGGUGCCCUCUUCGCCGUCUACGGUACGACGGUGAUGUUAUGUUCUAUAUACCGCCGCUACCAGGGUAACCGGCAAUUUUUCACCACGACGGAUGAUGAUGGCGAGUUAAAGAAUAAGUUUCGGACUAGCGGCAAUAGCGUCCUCCUCCUCACGUCUCUGAGCAUCGGAGCAUAUAUUGGUCUACUCGUCCUAACCUUACGGCUAGAGACAUAAGCGAGCAGUAGCGAAAAACCUAUUAUAGGUCAUGUACUAUAACGGAUUUCUAUACUAAAUGUUAGCCUGCUAGUCGCCGUGUCUAAGUCGUAAUUA